UCAUCGCCAUUCCCGUGUGCCGCCUCUUGCCCUCUUAUCUGAUGCCACCUCUUCCCACGAGGGGAGGAGCGGGGGAUUGGUCAGCUAGCGGCAGCUCGAAACCCUAGCUCCGGCCGGCUGGCCGCCCGCGGCGAUGGCGGCGGCAUCGUUCCGGUCGGGGACGAGGCGGGACGCCUUCGCGGCCCUGGAGGACGCGGGGUCCGCCACGCGCGGGCGGCGGGCCGGGGGAGGCGCGGGCGGCGGGGGCAGCGUCCGCCGGUCGAGGAGCCUGAGCCGGUUCCCGCCGCCGUCUCCGUCUCCCGAGGACGCGGCCACGCCGUCAUCGAGGUUCGUGAACAAGAUGCGUGGCACCGGAGGCGGCGGCGGCGGAGUAGGAGGGUUGCCGGAGAUCAGCCUCGCUGACCUCGCCGACGAGUUCUUCAGCGCCAGAGCGGAGUCCGAGGACGAAGACGACGAGGAGGUGGUGGUGGCGCGCGGGCGGUCGAGGUUCCCGGCGCCCGCGGAGAGGGGCCCCGGCGGUGGUGGGCGGAGCUCCGCCGCGCGGUACGCCAGGGAGACGGAGUCCUCGCGGCAGCGUGGGCGAUCCAUGUCGCGGCCGCCGGCUGAGCGGCGAGUCGGAGCUGGCAAUGUGGUCAAUGGCACCGCUGUUGCGGCAAGGAGGCAUAGGUAUGCGUCGGUGGACCGGCAUCGGUGGUGUGAUUCGGAUAAUGAUAUAGAAGUUUCUCACCGGUACAUUUCUGGCGGGAUACAUACCAAAAGUAGCGUCGGCAAUAGCCUACAGAAUUCAUUCCAUAAGCCAUCUAAAGUAAAUCAAGCUUUGAAGAGGGCUACAAGUCAAAAGGAAUUCUUUCAUUCACGAGAUAGCAGCUCAAGCCAUUCUUCAGUUACUGAUGAUGAAUCUAGGAGCUCUCACUCUUUUCGUAGCAGAAACCAGAAGGCAGUCUGUGCAGUUUAUGCUCUUGACAAGGUGGAGUGUCCAACUGGUGAUGAGGAUAGAAAUGCACUGUAUGACGUGAUGCGUAAAGAAGUUAGGCAAGCUGUUGAAGAAAUCAGAACUCAGCUUGAAAAGGCUGUGACAAAGUCCGAACCUUCAGAAAAGACAGCAAUCAGUGAUGCACAACCAACACAAGUCAUUACUGAGCUCCGAAGGAGUUACACUAGUAAAUUGGAAGAGUCGGAGCUGCGGAAGCAGGAAUUGUUGGCUCAACUGGCGGCAGAAGAACAACGUGGUCACAAGCUCACAAAAAUAGUUAAAGAAUUGCUACCCGCUUCUAAGAAAAGUGCAAAUCCAGAAAGGCAGCCGCGACACAGAAGAAGGAGCAAUGAUAGAUCAAGGGUAUCAAAACGACUCACUGAAGAGGCCGAGCAAUACUUUGAAGAUUUCCUGUCAAAUGUUGAAGAUACUGACUUUUCAUCUUUUGAUGGCGAAAGAAGUGACACAAGUUCAACCAGAAAAGAUGUGUUACUCCAUGCUAUGACAGAAACUCCAGUGACUCUCCCAAAAGUUGCCUCACCUGCUGAGGCAGACGGUGUUGUCCUUCCCUGGCUGCAAUGGGAAACGAGCAACGACCUAACCUCCCCAUGCAAAACCAAGGCCAAGGGUGAAGGUACGGCAUGCAGCACUAGCAACCACACCAUGAGUAGCAGCCGUGGGAGUUGGAGCCCCGGAGACCAUGAUAGUUCAGCGGCCUCUAAGGAUAAACUACUGACCAGGUUUGACGAGGUUGGGACUCGCAGAAGCAGCUACCCUGACUAUGCUCGAACCUCGUCAUUUCAUAUCGACGACUAUCUGCAUUUGCGGCAGAGUGAGGAUCUUCUCUUUGAGACGUGGAGGCAGAGGCAACGAAUCGACUCUGGCGGCCUAGUCCUGUGCAGUAGAUUGACACUACUGUAAAUUAUGGCCCCAUCCCCCAUGUUCCUCAGCUUGGUCCUGGCAGGAUAUAGUUGAUGAGGUUGAGUUAGGCUAAUAAGUGUGCAGAUUUACAUUUGAUUGCCAUGGUUAGUUCAUGGCGCCUGGCGUGUAAAGAUGUUCUAAUACCCUCUCAAUUUGUAAGUCGACAGUGUUUUAUUCAGAUUGGAUAAGCCUUUUCAA